AUGACCUACAAACUCGCCCGUCUUGGCUAUAUGAUCAAUGCAGUAUCAGGUAAGAUCGGUGAUGAGUUCCACGAUCUCCACGCUCCAAUGGUUGAGCAACGGCCUCAGGUUAUUCAAUAUUACCGCGAUCUCAUGGACAACUACUCCAAAUACGUUUACCGGGCUCUUUCAAAUAAUCGGUUUGCCGUGAUCAAUCUGAUGCUUAAAUUUUUAUCUCAAGCAGUCAAAUUUGACUCGAUCUGUGCUAACGAUCUUUUGAACUCAUUCGACUUCAACUUAGCGGCCCUCCCAAAGUUGCUUGUAUCUUCGAGUAAACUUGGUAUUCAGCCCGUGGGUAAGGAAGAAGUUUCAAUCAGACACAACUUCAUUGUUUUUUGGACUCUGCUUAUGGGUACAAUUGGAUCCAUUCAUCGCAGCGACCUCUUGAUCCAGAGUCACAAGAUCAUGAACGCCUUCUGGAAGCACAUGGCAGAUAGUGAUAACGAGGCGACGCUUCAAAUUAUUUUUGAGUUUAUCAAUGACAAGAUUCUUGAUGAAAACUCAAUGAAACGAGCAAGCAAGUGUAAGAUUCUUAAUGAGAACUUUAUGCACAAGAUUGUUCAAUUAUACCCCCGUCUCGAUAAAGCAUUUGCCGACAAGUUGACUGAACUUUUGACCAAGAUGGCCACUGACCCCAAAGCUGGAUUGGCGUUUGCAGUCCUGCCAGCUCAGUUAUGGCAGAACGAAGGUGGCGUGGAGAUGGAGAUUAAUAAGAAAAAGUUCAAGGUGUUCAACAACCUCAUAUAUGUUUUGCUCACAGCACUCAAGCCCUGGGAGCAAUACAGUCAGCAUCAACUUGUCAUUGAGAUUUUGAAGCGUCACCAAAUCGAAUUGCUUGGUCCGUACAUGAAUUGGAUGGUGCAAAACGGUGGUGGUUACCAUGACCCUUCAUUGUCACUGUGGUGGAUCGGCCACACUCUCUUGUACACCAACAUUCUCCAGUUGGAAAUAGCACUUACAGGUGAUGCCGACUCACGAAAAUUGGCCGAAACCAUUGCAUUGGCACCGCUUUCGAAACAGGCUUUUACGAAGUGUUUGACCUCUCCUACACCCAUGAUCAAUCAAUUUGCAUUGAACUUAGUGAUGUACACUCUCCAGAAAUUAGAGCGUGUUUUGAAGCUUGAAGUGUGCCCUCGACAGGAACUUGUGGAGUUGACCUUCCAAAAUCUUCCUGAUAUCACCAAAAUUCUCGAGUUGUACAAUGCUGAGUCCGUACCUAAGGUAACUAAGCUUACUUUACUCAAGAUCAUGAAUUACUACGAACAGUUAUAUACUGUCCCUCAAGCUCCGAAAGCUGCGAUUUUCAAAUUAGCUACUGCCGGGAUCAAUGAUAAGCAAACGCUGAACUUUGAUUUUGUUUUACUUGAUGUGUAUCUUCAGAUUUUAGCAGCUCAAGACCGAGAUCAAGAGCUCAAGUGGUGGAUUUCUCUGAAGGAUAGAAACUCCUUUUUCACUUCACUCGUGAAACUUAGCAGUCAUAAUGCUGACGGCCGAGCUGAGUCUAUCUUGAACAAGCUUGUGGAAAACACCAUUCUUUUCAAGGAAACCCUUAUAGAGCUGCUGAUUGCGGCUCUUAUUCGGUCCGUUAAGAAUGUGGAGUCUGAUGAUGUGUGGAAUCUUCUUGACGAGCUGAUCUCUCGAGCCAUGAAAACGUCUUACAAGUAUCUCGACAUGGCACAAAAGCACAAUGGGGUCGCUCUUUUCGCCGUGGUGAUUGUUGAACAAUUUAAGUUUGCUCUCGACAAGUCUACAAACAAGCCACUUCUUUUGUCCUGGUUGAGCAAUUUCUUGCAAAACUUAGUGGUGAUUGGGGAGCGUGAACAAGAUUUGAAAGAGUUGGCACAAGAGUAUGACGUCUCUUUGAAAUUUGUUCUGAAUAAUGAAGACAACGAUUCGUUCAGCCUGUUAAUUUUGAGUUCCAAACUCAAAUCGAAACUUUCAGCUUUGGAGAAGAAGCGUAUUAUCAGCAAGUAUGAGUUUGGCCUUGGUUUACUCCGCUUCAUUGAGGAACAAGACACGCAAGUCAUCGUGGCUGUAUUUAAGAUGAUGUGUGACUACUUUUUGGCAGUGAACGAUGCCGCUCUCAGAAACUAUGUUUUGAAUAGUCCUAAGUUCUACGAAAAGACUUGGAAAAAUAAGUUGAAGCGGGACCUUAUAAAUGAGUUACUAUUUGCGACAACUAAUGGCAAGCCAACUGAGACUUACGCUAACAAGUUGGUCAUGAAGUCACAAGAGGUUUCUGGGUUUGCUUGGGUGUUGACUGAUAAGGAGCUCAAACAGUUGCUCCAAGAUCAAGUCGUUGAUGAUGACUUGGCCAUAGAAUUGGUCAAGAGAAAAAUCUCUGUGGAUCAACAAUGGUUCAAUAAUCUUGACAACAAGGACAUUGCCGCAAAGUUAGUUGCUGAAGGUUUAGUCGAAUUCACCAAUCUUGAUUCCAAAAUGGUCAUUGACCCACUGUUAAUUGCUGCUUUCAUCACUUCGCCCGAUGCUUCUCUUCGUGAACAGGCCUUGGAAUAUGUUACUAAGAAUGUCACUGACCCAGAAUUGAUGGUAUACGUGGCGAGUAUCGUGUCUGAGCUUCCCGAAACCUUCCUGAACGAGGCAGAGAAGCAUGCCUUUGCUAUGAUUGAUGACCCCAAAAACUUGACGCAAUGGAAACAGUCUCUUACCGUGUUGAAUCGUCGUAAUGUUGAUACCACACGCUUGCUUGACGCUGUGGCCAAGCAGAAUGACAUUUAUGGAUUUUGUCCACAAUUUGUGGAGGCAUUGAAGAACCGGUAUUCCGAUUCUGCUGAGGGUCGUAAAUGGCUUCACAAAUGUAUGCUCUACAUUACAAAAGUUUACGCUGAGUGCUCGACGAUUCCCGAGUCAUUUGACGACUUUUUGUUGGCUUUGAAGAGUGCUCUCGGUUCUGAUUUGUGGAGGGUUGUCCCUACAGCAAUUAUCAAUACUCAACUCGAAGUGUUUGGUGCCCACAAGGAAUGGGUCAAGCAUGAAAAGUACCUUGACUUUGCAUCGAGAGUUAUCGAAUUGGGAACCUCGUCAAUGGCUUAUGAGAAAGUACUUCAGAUCUUCAUCACCAACCAAAGCAUGCCUCUUCAUGAAUUGCCCAAUUCUGCGAAUGCCAAGUGCCGGGAACUUUGUGCGGAAAUCAUCUCUACGCUCUACCUGAAGGGUGCCAGCAAGUGUGCUACUCCUUUAUUCCAAGAACAGGUAUUGCUAUUAUACUUGGGUACCACUAGACGUGAGGAUGUUUUGCUCAAGGAAGUGCUUAAAUCGGUGGAAGGGAAACUUUCUCAAUCUUGGAUCGAUGGGGUGAUUGAGUGGGAAUUGAGUGAGACCACCUCUAACGAUCAGAAAGAGUACGGCUUGGACGAACCGAGAUUAAUUACGAAAGGAAAGCUGGGACUUGUGGUGCUGCUUUCCAAGUUGUUCUUCCAAAAUACUGCUCAUGCUCGCCAGGAGCCGAUGAUUGGAUCGUAUAAUGACUCUAUUUAUGAUCUUGAGUUUUUGCUUCUGAUCAUCAUUAACAAUGACGAGCUUGUCAAAGUCAAUGGUGAUGAAGUCAAAUUCGAUAUCAGUAAAAUGGUGGCUGCCGAAGUGUUGCCGCUAUUGGUAAUGGCUAUGGGCUACGAUAACUUGCGUGAGUUGGCUGCUCCCAUUGUUGGCGGUAUGGUGCGGUCGUUGAACCAUGAGGGUGACGCCAAAGACGCCAGAGAAGCUAACGACGCCAAGGAUGGUAAAGAAGCUAAGGAUAACAGAGUCUACGUCAUCUACUUGUCCAAUAUCUUGUACACUCUUCAACAAGAAUAUGCUACGAAGAUCCCCCAUCUCAACUGGUACAUUUACGCUCAGUUUGGUCAGCUCCUCUCAAACCCCGGCCACUUUAUGUACGAGCCAACGUACAGAUUUGUCCUUGGUCAUCCCAAGAUCACUUCGCGUGACGUGCCGUUGUUCCUGCUCAUUGCCAAAGCGGGAGCGACUCUGUCCAGUGAUGAAGAAGACAACUACUAUAAGCAAGUGUCGUGGCUUCUUCAAACGAUUCGCGAAGGGAUGGUCUCCUCUGAUGAUGUCAUGCUUGUGAGAAAUAUUGGGGUCAUCGAGUGGUGUCUCACCUUAUACCAGUCACCGUAUGCUUCGAUGAGAAUCAAGCUGCUCAUCCUUGAGCUUAUUGCCAGAAUCCAACAAAUCGACCAGGGCAUCGACGUACUUGUCACCCGGUACGCAGGUUUAGGCUGGCUUGAACUGCAGAUUCAUCCGUCGGCCAACGUGUUUGACGAGCAGCUCCAGCUCAACCUUGAAAAAAUUAUGUUAAGGUUUGGCAUGGGAGCAACCAAGCGGGUGAGAGAUUGGGCCAAUGGUGACAUUGACCGCGUGGUGAAACGAGUCCGGGGCGAGGCGAGCGAAAAAGCCUCGUAA